AUGAUUCCCAUCCCACCAAAACCGGGAAAAGUAAAUGCAUAUUACGUUUCCAACGAAAUAAGUCAUAAUGUAAGUAAACUAAUGGCUCUCUACAGUUUAAUAUUUACCAUUAGAAUAUAAUUAUUGGCGAAGGAGAAACGGUAUUUGUCGAGGAAUGUAAACCCACCCCAGAGCUCUGUUUGGUCACGGGAACUCAUGGAGUCUGUGAAUUACCUUUGAACCGAGGUAUGUACAUUGAUUUAUGUAGCAACCCCGCAGUUGAUUCUACCGUUUUGCAGGGUAUAUAUAAGAGUGAAGAAAUAAGAUCGCACCGGUCGUUUCGAAGCAAAACGUUAAAAACGCUUUCCUCACUUUUUUUGAAAAAAAUAGAAUGGAAGAAAUGAGGCCGACAUGAGAAGAAAAGCUCGAGAAAGCAAAUUUGGCGUCUUUUUCAAAAUCCCAAAAUCGGUCUUAUUUCUUCACUCUUAUAUGAUAAACGACCGAGAAUACAGGCACAUUUUUAACAAUAUUUUUAGUGAAAUCAACCGACUUCGAGUUAAUAUCAAAUCCUGUCCAUGAAGCCGCAAAACGAGGGAAUGUGCAGCUAUUAGAAUCUUGUCUUCAACAUGGAGUAGGUUAGAAAUCCAUUUAAUUUAACUCUGACAGAUGUCAGUGAACUCCCUAGACAAAUCUGGAUCAACUCCUCUUUAUUGGGCUUCCCUGAAUGGACAUCUUAACGUCGUAGAGAGAUUGCUUCAAUGUGAGAAAGUCGACGUUUCAUCUCAGGUAUUUUUAAGUGCUUGUAAGUGUUAAACUUAUAUUCCAGAACAAAAUGGGAGACACAGCAUUACAUUCAGCAGCCAGGAAAGGAUACCUAAAGACAUGUGAAUCGUUGGUCAAAGCUGGUGCCCCUUUAAAUGUGGCCAACAACGACGGAAAAACCCCCUUAGAUUUAUCGCUAAAUCCAGAAAUCUCAUCGUUCAUAAAAUUAUCUCUUGAAAAGAUCCCUCCAGAAGAUCACAUAAAAGAAUAUCAGAGCUCAGACGAAGAGGAGACAUAA